AUGACUUUUUACGAGAUCCUUUUCUUUUAUAUUAUUUUUUGGACGGCGGUAGUCUCGCCCACGCCAAUUUUGAACCGGAGGUAUACACCAAAAACAAAUAUUUUUGAUCUCACCAUAGAAAAAGUUACUCUGUCUCCAGAUGGAUUUACUCGUCAAUUAUCAACCAUCAAUGGACAAUAUCCUGGACCAACACUCGAAGUUAACAAAGGAGAUCGUAUUGUGAUGAGAGUUAAUAAUCAAUUGGGAGAACCAACAGGUAACUUGCAACGAAUAUUUUCCAAUGUUUUAUUUGUCGUACGCGUUUCUAAGCGCAUAUUGCAAAUCGAAAUAUUAGCCAUUCAUGCACAUGGGAUGCUUCAAAGAGGGACCCCUUGGUUCGACGGAGUACCAUGGAUGGCUCAAUGCGUCAUACCUAACAAUUUCGAAUUCACCUACAAUUUCACUGUCCCCGACCAAGUCGGCACUCAUUGGUAUCAUGCGCACGAAACCAUGCAAUAUGUUGAUGGAGCUUUUGGCGCGCUAAUUAUUCACGAUCCUGAUGAUCCGUAUAAAUCGGAAUACGAUGAGGAAAUUAUUGUCAUGUUGAAUGAUUAUCAUCACACCAAUGCGCAAAUCUUAUUAAAACAAUUCUUAACCCCCGAGAGUCAAGGAGUAGAGGCCCCGCCGGGUUCUAAAUGUGUGGACAAUGCCGGUCUUGCCAAAUUUGAAUUUGUCAAAGAUAAAAAAUAUCGCCUUCGUAUCAUUAAUACCAGCGCGUUUUCGGCAUUCUUCUUUUCUAUCGAUAAGCAUGAAAUGGAAGUUAUAGAAGUAGAGGGGCUCUAUACUAAACGAACUAAAAUCCAUCGUCUUCCCAUCAAUGUCGCCCAAAGAUAUUCUGUUAUUGUCACUGCAAACCAACCGACCGAUAAUUAUAUAAUGCGUUCUGAAUUUCAAAAGAAAUGCAUGCCAGAUGCUGCAUCUAGUCUUCCUAUUAUAAAAGCCAUAGUGCAUUAUGAAGGAGCCCCCGAUGAUUCUGAACCAAACGAUUAUCCAUGGUCAGAUUCCUUGACAGAAUGCGUAGAUCUAGAUCAAAAGACUUUACAGCCACUUGAAGUAGAAAAGAUUCCCGAAUCAACGAAGAAAUUGAAACUCGAUAUUGCUUUUCAUAAGAAUGACACAGGCGUUGUCAAAGCCUUCCUUAAUGGAUCUACUUAUAUACCCGAUAUAAAUUUUCCAACCUUAGAUAAACUCUUUAAACAUAGCCCAAUUAACGAAACUAGUGCAAAUGCCUAUGUUUUUGACAAAGAUGGAGAAGUAGUCGACAUUUAUUUCAUCAAUGCUGACGAUGACGAACAUCCAUUCCACAUUCACGGAUACCAAUUUUGGGUACUUGGAACCGGGAAUGGAGCCAAGUGGCAUUUGGAAUCCGGUCUUUUGAUGCAGCUGAUCACACUUCCAGAUGAAAUCUUAAAAAUGAAACCACCGAAAGAAUGGACCGAAUUAUGUGAACUAGGAGAACGUUAG